GGCUGAUAAGGAAACGCAACACAAGAACAACUAUCAGUAUAGGCGAAUGUUCUGUUUGUGAAAGCUAUUUUACAUUUUCUGAAUCAAGAAUGUUAUUAGAUAUGAAUUAAAAUAUAUGUAAUUCUUGAUGUCUGCAUUUUAUUAAUGCAUUAAAAUACUUUCAUUUUCAACAACUCGGUUUCACAAUUUGCCUAUGGUCAAAUUCACCUGUAGGCUAAAACGUUUCUCAGAGCAACAAACAUAGCCGGGAUCACCAUGCUGCACGGGACCCUGCUGUCUGCCUUCGGGAUGUUGCUUCUCCAUGUUUCUCCUCUCAGAUCCGUGAACUUGAGCCUUUUCAAAAGCAAGAUCAGGUCGCCAGAGGAGGGGGCUAUACGGUUGGCGGGCUCGAAGACACGCUCCCAGGGCCGGGUGGAGGUCUACCUUCACGGGAAAUGGGGAACCGUGUGUCACAAUGCCUGGGACCUGCCCGACGCGCAGGUGGUGUGUCGUCAGCUGCACUUCAAAGGAGCCGUAUCUGCCGCCGCUGGAGGGACGUUUGGCGAAGGAACCGGACAGAUUUGGCUUGACCAGACGAAGUGUGUUGGCACAGAGAACUCUCUUUCCAACUGUUCCUACAAUGGAUGGGGAUUAAUAGAUUGCUCACACAAGGACGAUGCUGGAGUAAUUUGUGUAGCAGGCACUAGUGCGACAGAGACCUUUGUGGACCAUAGUCUUGAACUGUCUGAGGAUCUUGGGCAACUCUUUGACAGCGAGGAGGGCUGCGACUUCCUGAUCCAUGGAUACACUUACACUGGCGAGAACCGAGACGAUGGGCUUUGGGAGAUGGUGGACACAACAGUGUGCGCACACAGGAUGAUCCUCUCACGUUUCCCUGGCUUCAAAGCCUCUACUGAUGUUGACGAAAUAUCAAUUCAUCUCACCCAGACGUGCCUUCCUCAUCUACCCAGUUUGAUCAGGUACGUGUACACCCGGAAGCUGGAAGUAUCCAGGACUACCGCCGAGUGUAUCCACCAGUUGGCUUCGCACUUUGGAAUGAGGAGAUUGAUGGAGGACGCCGGGCGCCUCUUCACCAAGCUUCUCCCUGAGGACCGCUCCUUCCUCACCCAGGUCUCCUUCUACGAGUACUCGGUGGAAGCGGGCGACCGGGUGCUGCAGGAGAACUGUCUCCAGUACAUGGCGUGGAACUUCCAGAAGCUCAGCACCUCCAAGGCCUGGAGCUCUGUGUCAGCAGAACUGCUGCAGGCCCUUCUGUCCCGCUCUGACCUGGUGGUGCCGGGCGAGACCUUCGUCCUGGCAGCACUGGAGGACUGGGUCUCCCAGGUGAACCGGACGACCAGUGAGGAGCAGCAGGCCGCCUUGUUGGCCCGCGUGCGCUUCCCUAUGAUCCCCGCCAAGGAGCUCAUAAAGCUACGGUACACCUCCGCCCUCUACUCCGUCCAUCCCACUCUGUAUCAGGAGAAAGUCCUGAAAGGGUUCCAGGCUCACUCGCUGCCCUUCGGCACUCUGAAGAACAGCUCCAACUUCCAGGCAGACGACCGGGAUUACCAGGCCAGGAUUUACACCGCCCCCCCGUGGAGCGUUGCUUAUGACCAGAGCGUAGAAACCAUUGGGCGUCCGAUCGACAACCCGUACGACCGGUUUCGUAGGGGUUCACAUCGAGGCAACACCCAGUAUUACAAGAAGCCCAGUCUGCGGACCACUGAACAUCACAGCACACCUGUCCACACCAGCGCUGUCUUCAAUGACAGAAAGGUUGACUGGCAGCUGAACCUCUUCAACGAGCAAAGCGACUGUUCCAGCCGCGGUUUGCUUUGUGAUUCACUGCCUGCGGCCAGAAUGAGAAUGUCCACGCACAAGUACCAGGACCAGGGCCAGGGCAGCAUCCGCUACAGCAACCGGCUGCUGCUUAGCUGCCGAGGAAGAUUCAUCUUCCACAUCGUGGACUUCAAGGAGGAUUUUGCUUAUGUGCCUGCUGGUGCGAGUGUAACAUACCCCUGCCCCAAUGAAGGGUAUAUCUACCACUUUGUGGUGAGGCCCGAAUACAUCGCUAAAACGUUUCUCAGAGCAACAGACAUAGCCGGGAUCACCAUGCUGCACGGGACCCUGCUGUCUGCCUUCGGGAUGUUGCUUCUCCAUGUUUCUCCUCUCAGAUCCGUGAACUUGAGCCUUUUCAAAAGCAAGAUCAGGUCGCCAGAGGAGGGGGCUAUACGGUUGGCGGGCUCGAAGACACGCUCCCAGGGCCGGGUGGAGGUCUACCUUCACGGGGAAUGGGGAACCGUGUGUCACAAUGCCUGGGACCUGCCCGACGCGCAGGUGGUGUGUCGUCAGCUGCACUUCAAAGGAGCCGUAUCUGCCGUCGCUGGAGGGACGUUUGGCGAAGGAACCGGACAGAUUUGGCUUGACCAGACGAAGUGUGUUGGCACAGAGAACUCUCUUUCCAACUGUUCCUACAAUGGAUGGGGAUUAAUGGAUUGCUCACACAAGGACGAUGCUGGAGUCAUUUGUGUAGCAGGCACUAGUGCGACAGAGACCUUUGUGGACCAUAGUCUUGAACUGUCUGAGGAUCUUGGGCAACUCUUUGACAGCGAGGAGGGCUGCGACUUCCUGAUCCAGGGAUACACUUACACUGGCGAGAACCGAGACGAUGGGCUUUGGGAGAUGGUGGACACAACAGUGUGCGCACACAGGAUGAUCCUCUCACGUUUCCCUGGCUUCAAAGCCUCUACUGAUGUUGACGAAAUAUCAAUUCAUCUCACCCAGACGUGCCUUCCUCAUCUACCCAGUUUGAUCAGGUACGUGUACACCCGGAGGCUGGAAGUAUCCAGGACUACCGCCGAGUGUAUCCACCAGUUGGCUUCGCACUUUGGAAUGAGGAGAUUGAUGGAGGACGCCGGGCGCCUCUUCACCAAGCUUCUCCCUGAGGACCGCUCCUUCCUCACCCAGGUCUCCUUCUACGAGUACUCGGUGGAAGCGGGCGACCGGGUGCUGCAGGAGAACUGUCUCCAGUACAUGGCGUGGAACUUCCAGAAGCUCAGCACCUCCAAGGCCUGGAGCUCUGUGUCAGCAGAACUGCUGCAGGCCCUUCUGUCCCGCUCUGACCUGGUGGUGCCGGGUGAGACCUUCGUCCUGGCAGCGCUGGAGGUCUGGGUCUCCCAGGUGAACCGGACGACCAGUGAGGAGCAGCAGGCCGCCUUGUUGGCCCGCGUGCGCUUCCCUAUGAUCCCCGCCAAGGAGCUCAUAAAGCUACGGUACACCUCCGCCCUCUACUCCGUCCAUCCCACUCUGUAUCAGGAGAAAGUCCUGAAAGGGUUCCAGGCUCACUCGCUGCCCUUCGGCACUCUGAAGAACAGCUCCAACUUCCAGGCAGACGACCGGGAUUACCAGGCCAGGAUUUACACCGCCCCCCCGUGGAGCGUUGCUUAUGACCAGAGCGUAGAAACCAUUGGGCGUCCGAUCGACAACCCGUACGACCGGUUUGGUAGGGGUUCACAUCGAGGCAACACCCAGUAUUACAAGAAGCCCAGUCUGCGGACCACUGAACAUCACAGCACACCUGUCCACACCAGCGCUGUCUUCAAUGACAGAAAGGUUGACUGGCAGCUGAACCUCUUCAACGAGCAAAGCGACUGUUCCAGCCGCGGUUUGCUUUGUGAUUCACUGCCUGCGGCCAGAAUGAGAAUGUCCACGCACAAGUACCAGGACCAGGGCCAGGGCAGCAUCCGCUACAGCAACCGGCUGCUGCUUAGCUGCCGAGGAAGAUUCAUCUUCCACAUCGUGGACUUCAAGGAGGAUUUUGCUUAUGUGCCUGCUGGUGCGAAUGUAACAUACCCCUGCCCCAAUGAAGGGUAUAUCUACCACUUUGUGGUGAGGCCCGAAUACAUCUGAGAUGACUGCCCCUCGUGGCGUCGGAGAUGAUGGUGGUUAGGAGUGGUGGUAGAGAUGGUGGGGGUGGUGGUAGAGAUGGUGGGGGUGGUGGUGGAUGUAUGUACAAUCCCGAGGAGAUUUAACCAGGGAAAGGCUGGUCUGAAAUAGGCCAAACAGCCAUUUUGGAGGUGGGUUCUGAGUGGGCCAGACUGAAUGCUAUACUGGGGGGUGGGGGGUGUAUGAAAUAACACAGAAUAGAUUACAAAUUCAUUGUUUUUAAAUAAACUUGUCACUGUACCGCUGGUAGUUUGUAAUUAAAA